GCCGAGGGGUCUUUCCAGCCCCGGCGCGCCUAGGGCGCACGACUCGGCGCUGGGGGAGCCCCCGUUGGCCCGGCGGUUGCCUCCGCCGCCGCCCCCUCGCCUCUGGAAACGCCCCCCAAAUCGGGAGCUCCUCGACGGCUGCGGCUCCCCCGAGCGCCACCUGCGCCUGGUCCAGGAAAACGAGUCUCCCGGCUGCAGCAGCGACCCCGAAAGAGCGGGAGGAGGAGGAGGAGGAAGCAGUGACUUGAGCUGCACCAGCUCCGACCACGAGGAUGCUUCGUCCAUAGAUUUCAACUAUGGCAUGGAGGAUUAUGACGCCGAGGGGAACGAAGAGCCCAAGGUCCCCCCGGGGGGUUCGGAGACCAUGCCCUACAUCGAUGAGUCGCCCACCAUGUCGCCUCAGCUCAGUGCCCGUGGACAAGAGGGCGGGAACGGCGGAGACGGGUGCGAGAGCCUCUCGCCCACCCCAGCGGAUGGACUGGGGACUGUGGGUGGACAAGAUGCUGGGAAGGGGGUGGACAUGCGGAGGUUGGUCCUAAAGGAUUUCCUGGCCAGUGAGGAGAUGUACAUCAACCAGCUAGAAGCUCUAUUGCUGCCCAUGAAGCCCCUGAAAGCAACAGCCACCACCUCCCAGCCUGUCCUCACGAUCCAGCAGAUCGAGACCAUCUUCUACAAGAUCCAGGACAUCUACGAGAUCCACAAGGAGUUCUACGACAGCCUUUGGCCCCAGGUCCAGAACUGGGACAGCAGCGUCGUGCUUGGCCACCUUUUCCAGAAGCUGGCUAGCCAGCUGGGGGUGUACAAGGCCUUCGUGGACAACUACAAAAUUGCGCUGGAGACGGCCGAAAAAUGCAGCCAGAGCAACAACCAAUUUCAGAAAAUCUCAGAGGAGCUGAAAGUCAAGGGUCCAAAGGAUUCAAAAGAGAGCCACACCUCCGUUACCAUGGAAGCGCUGCUGUACAAGCCUAUAAAUCGAGUGACCCGGAGCACUCUUGUAUUACACGACCUGCUGAAGCACACUCCUUCUGACCACCCCGACUACCCGCUGCUCCAAGAUGCCCUCCGUAUCUCUCAGAACUUCCUCUCCAGUAUCAAUGAGGACAUCGACCCCCGCAGGACGGCAGUCACCACCCCCAAAGGAGAGACGCGGCAACUGGUCAAGGACGGCUUCUUGGUGGAGUUGGCCGAGGGCUCCCGCAAGCUGCGCCAUGUCUUCCUCUUCACAGACGUCCUCCUCUGUGCCAAGCUGAAGAAAACGGGCGUGGGGAAACACCAGCAAUAUGACUGCAAGUGGUACAUGCCCUUGGCCGAGCUGGUGUUCCCGUCGCUGGAGGAGUCGGACUCCUGCCCACACGUCCAUGCCAUGCCCGACCACGACCUGGAGGACAUGAAGAUAAAGAUCUCCUCUAUGAAGAGCGAGGUGCAGAAGGAGAAGGCAAACAAGGGUCAGAGCCGAGCGAUGGAACGGCUAAAGAAGAAGAUGUUUGACAACGAGUUCUGGCUCCUGCUCAACUCCCCAUCCAUCCCCUUCCGGAUCCACAACCGCAAUGGGAAAAGCUACCUGUUCCUGCUUUCCUCUGACUACGAGCGAGCAGAGUGGAGGGAGGCCAUCCAAAAGCUGCAGAAGAAAGAUCUCCAGACCUUUGUGCUAAGCUCUGUGGAGCUGCAGGUCCUGACAGGGUCCUGCUUCAAGCUACGCACCGUCCACAACAUUCCCGUCACCAGCAAUAAGGACGAUGACGAAUCUCCUGGGAUGUACGGCUUCCUACAUGUUAUCGUCCACUCUGCUACGGGCUUCAAACAAUCUGCUAACCUCUAUUGCACACUGGAAGUCGACUCUUUUGGCUAUUUUGUCAGCAAAGCCAAGACACGGGUGUUCCGGGACACGACCGAGCCCCAGUGGAAUGAGGAGUUUGAGAUCGAGCUGGAGGGCUCGCAGUCGCUGCGGAUCCUCUGCUACGAGAAAUGCUACGACAAGAGCAAGAUGAACAAGGACAACAACGAGAUUGUGGACAAGAUCAUGGGCAAGGGGCAAGUCCAGCUGGAUCCCCAGACGGUGCAGACCAAGAACUGGCACAUGGAUGUGAUUGAAAUGAAUGGGAUCAAAGUGGAGUUCUCUAUGAAGUUCACCAGCCGCGACUUGAGCCUUAAAAGGACCCCAUCGAAAAAGCAGACGGGAGUCUUCGGGGUAAAAAUCAGCGUCGUCACAAAGCGUGAGCGCUCCAAAGUGCCCUACAUUGUGCGCCAGUGCGUUGAGGAAGUGGAGAAGCGCGGCAUUGAUGAAGUGGGGAUCUACCGGAUCUCGGGGGUGGCCACGGACAUCCAGGCCUUGAAAGCAGCCUUUGAUGCCAACAGCAAAGACAUCCUGAUGAUGCUGAGCGACAUGGACAUCAAUGCUAUCGCAGGCACCCUGAAGCUGUAUUUCCGCGAGCUCCCUGAGCCUCUUCUCACGGAUCGGCUUUAUCCUGCUUUUAUGGAGGGUAUCGCACUCUCUGACCCAUCAGCCAAGGAGAACUGCAUGAUGCACCUUCUGCGUUCUCUGCCUGACCCCAACCUCAUCACAUUCCUCUUUCUGCUAGAACACUUGAAACGGGUGGCUGAGAAGGAGCCCGUCAACAAAAUGUCCCUGCACAAUCUGGCCACCGUGUUUGGCCCAACGUUGCUGAGACCUUCUGAGGUGGAGAGCAAAGGGCAGCACCUCACGUUGGCCUCAGACAUCUGGUCCCACGACGUAAUGGCGCAGGUGCAAGUGCUCCUCUACUAUUUACAGCACACGCCCAUCUCCUUUGCCGAGCUCAAACGCAACGCACUCUACUUCUCCACAGACGUGUAGCCUCUGGGCCCUGCAGCCACCUGCAUUUUUCUAAGCCAAGGGGCGCAGCACAGACUCAUGAAUCUGAGCACGGAUCCUGCUGAGAAUAACGCCGCUGCCCUGGAACCAGACGCUGCCCCAUACCUCAUGGGACGAUUUUGUAUCAGCCCCACAUCCUUCUUUCCCCCCUGCCCACCUCCCAGCACAGUAGUCCACGUCUCUCAUACUUCUCGUGUUCAGGAGUCAUUUUUACGUCCCAUUUGUUGAGCAGUGGGAAGGAAGCGAGCGAUGGAUGAAGACACAGCCUCUUGUUUCUUC